GCACCCAUGGGCUGGCUUGAUGAUAUCUUUGUUGGCGCCCUCGGGUCUGGAGUGAAUGCCCCGACCUGGGUUCUGCUAAACGUAGUAAUCGGAGCUGCGUUCCUGUCACUCCUUGUACUGCUGGUGCAUAGCAUCUAUAGAAACCCUGUCCUCACGCCGCACGUCAUCGUCUUGCUGGUGCUGGCACUCGGAUUGUGGAUUUCCAUCAACUGGCUGAUCUCCAACAUCGGCCUGACUGACGCCAAGGAGCAGCAAAAGGAGCUUUUCGGCGAGGGGGCGAAGGCGGCUGAGGGAGAGGACCAGGCGGAAGAGGAGGAGGAGCAGAAGGACGACUUGGGUGCCGACGGUGCCAAACAGCCCGAGGGCAAGAAGACACAGUAAGCGGCAGCGCGUGGGGUCUUCUCCCCGACGCCGAGGCAAAAGGCGUAACUGUAGUAUUAUAGCGUGGCCAUGGCUCUCACUUGGCCUGGCAGUAGCACCAGCGUGGCUUGCGGCGACGCGGCGCGCUGCCAUAGAGCUGUGGCGUGCGCCUUCAGCAGCGGCGGCGGCGGCCGCGCCACCACAGGCAGCGGCCGCAAGCCGCGGCCCUUCGGCGGAUGGACGGCGGUGCACAGUCAUGAGGUGAUGCCUGCUCUGAGAUUGGGAUCGGCUCCUUUGACGCGUCAGGGCGUCGCGCUUCAUGCGGCAGCGAUGCCAGGACAAGGGCCUGCCAGUAGCAGCGGCAGCGUGGGCGCAACUGGGGGCCCGCCGCGUGGGCCGCCGCCGCCGCCACUGCAGCUCAUAUCAAUCCCAGGCAAGGGUCGCGGCGUGGUGGCGGCACGGCCGCUCAGUCCAGGGGAGCUGCUGCUCUCCUGCAGGCCGCUUGCACUCGUCCAGGGCCCCAACCGCCCGGGCAGCUCGGGCAGCAGUAGCAGUGGCGGCAGCAGUAGCAGCGGUGUGAACGAGGCGGCCCUGGUGGAGGUGCUGCUGAAGCUGGACUGGCCGCCACGCCAGGCACACAUCUUGGACUCUCUGUUCCGUGGCGCGGCGCCGCCGCCGUCACUGGCGCCGGGAGGCAAGGGCGGCGCCGCCGGCAGUAGCAGCAGUGGCGGCGGCAGCCGCAGUGGCGGCGGCGGCGGCUCAGACACGUGCACCGAUAUCGGCCUUGCAGAGCUGGCCGAUCCAUGGGGCUUCCAGGACGGCAGCAGCACUGGCACUGGCCGCGGCGGCGGCAGUGGCGCAGCAGCAGCAGCAGCAGCCGCUGUCUCGCCCGCCACUGGCGGGGAGCGGCCCAGCUGCCCGCUUACGCCGCAGCAGCUGGCGGCGGUGGUCCGCCUCAACGCCACCGGACUCCCGUCCGACGACGUAUUGCUGGCGGCGCUGCAGCGGCCGCCCCAGGUUGGCGGCAGUAGCAGUGGCAGUAACAGUAGCAGCGACGGCAGUAGCAGCACUGACGGCAGUGGCACCAGCAGCGGCGGGGCGGGGGCGGGGCCGGGCGGGCAGGCAUUCAUUGGGCUGUGGCCAGCGCACGCCAUGUUUAACCACUCGUGUGCACCGAAUGCGGUGGCUGUGGUAUCCGGCGGCGUGCUGUCUCUGCGCUGCUGCGCCCCGGUUCCGGCGGGCGGCGAGCUGUGCAUCACGUACGCGGGGGCGCUGGGCCUGGGGCCGCUGCCGCUGCGGCGCGCGCUGCUGGAGCGCAACCACCGCUUCAGGUGCUCGUGCGCGCGCUGCCGGGCUGAGGAGCGGCUGCCUAGAGAGCUGUCGCAGCUUUGGACGGACAUUGUGAUGCUGGCAUCCCAGUCGCUACAGCCAAACAUCCUGUCGGCGGCGGCGGCGAUACAGCAACAGCAGCAACAGCAAGUGCAACUGCAACAACAGAAGCCGUCGCCCAAGCGGGGCAAGAAGAAGUCGGGCGCAGCAGGCAGCAGCGCGGGAGGCGGUGGGCUGCAGCAGGCGCUGGCCGUACUGCUGGACGUCAGGGCUCAGGCGGCCAAGUGUAUGGGGCUGUUUGAGGAGACGCUGGGGCAGCUGGCGCCAUCGCCGCAGGAGGCGCUGUGGCUGCAGGCGUGCAUGUACCCGCUGUUCGAGACACGUGCCCGCUGCGCCCAGCUUCUGGCGGAGGCCGCGGCGCUGGCGGCGGCGCAGGCGGCGGCGGCAGGAGGCCGCGCGGCGCUGCCUGAUGACGUGGACCCGGCGCGACUGGGCGAGGAGUAUCUGGAGGCUCUGUCGGGAUGCCUGCGGCUGCAGGGGGUCGCCAACGCCGGCAGCGACAUGCACGUGCAGCUGGCAGCCAGGUACGAGGCCGCGUGUGCUGCCCACGCCGCGCGCUACCCCUCCAGCCCCAUUGCGGCGCAGCAGCUGCAGGAGGCAACCACCCGCUUGGGCCGGGCGCUCACGGCGCGCUAUGGCUGCGGCACGGCGCCACCAACACCAACACCACCAGCAGCAGCAGCAGCAGCAGCAGCAGCAGCAGCAGCAGCAGCAGCAGCAGGUGCGAAAGUAGCAGCAGCAGAGGGCGCCGCUGUGCCGGCGGCGGCGGCUGCUACUUCUCCCUCGAGUGGGGGACACGUGACGGGUGGCCCUACGCUGGAAGAGCUGCUGGUGGCAGUGCGGCGGCUGCAGGGCGCCGGCAAGGCCUGAUGAGCGGGUGGUUGGCAGCUGCGUCGUGCUUACGGGGCAAGGGAGGCGGUCGGUCAAAACAUUACUGAGGCGCACGAGCCUUUGAAGGCAUUCGGCUGUCGCCUGGGAGCUCCGAGGACCUUUUGUCACGAUGCCCCAGGGGACGCUGUGACCUCGUUGAAGAGAUGAGGAGAAUUCGUGUGCGAUACCGUACGCAGUCCGGACGUUGCCGAUCCUUAGCCAGAAGGGUUGCUGAAAGCUCAGCUGCCCCUCGCGAGGGCCAGGGCGAUAGUGUCGACCACGACGCGCCCUGUCGUGGCCUUCCACACGGUUUGCUCCUGUAAAUGCCAGCCUGU